CAUAAAUUAAAAUAAAAAAAAAAACUAAACUUGUUCAUUAUAUAAAUUUUAAUUUUAUUGGUCACAAUUCAAUAUUCUCAACCUUGUAAUACUUGCAUGAUUGAUCAAUCCUUUCUAGCUUGAUACUUUAUAUCAUUAAAUUUCACAAUUUCACCCCAAGGAUUCUUUAUAAUUGUAUUGAGGGGAGCGUUUAUUUGUAAAUAAUUUUUCUAUCUUUUUCCACGGCAAAAAUAAUGUUGCCUACCACCAUCUUCCCCUCACUUAUAGAAUUGUGCUGAUAUAUUAUUGUUGUAAAUUAUGUAAACAUAUUUAUAUACAAUUUCAAAUAAAAUCGACCACAUUUAGGAGGACACAAAAAACUUCCACCAACUUGUUUUCAAUUCAAUUUCAAAUUACUACUUUUUUAAAAAAAAAAAAAUCAAAAAACUUGGGCAUUUUUACAAUUUCACCUCUGGAAAUCCCACCCCCUUCUUUGGUGGGAAGAUCCUAACGAAACAACUCAACAAGCAUUGCUCUUGAACCACGUGAACCAAAAAAAGUUGAAACAAAAUCAGAAACUUUAAACUUGUAGAACAUCAUUUACCAGAAUACCCUUGUUAAAAACUUGAAAAAUCCACAUUCAAAAUUCACUCAUUCAGCAUUUCCACAGGGCUAAAUAUGUAAAAUCAGCAAGUGUCAUCAUCAUUAUAGAGCGCCAAAACGUAAAAGAAAACAUAACUAUAGUCUGAUACACUCACGAAAAUUCAAACUGAUUUUCUCAACAAUUUGGCCAGAAAGGAAAAAAAAGAACGAUUCAGUGUAGUUUUUGCCAUGGCUUCUUCCACCAUUAUCGAAGCCUGUAACAGUAGAAAGAGUAACCGAAAGCCAUUUAUAUUCGAAACAUUCGCAAUGGGAGACUCCAUUGACGGUUUUUCAGGACCUUUUAGAGACAACAUUCGAAUGUUUCUUCAAGAAUUUGCUACCAUUGAAGAUUACACGCUCUGUGGUUUUCCAAUUUGGUCUACUUGGUUGAUUUCCAACUCUACAGGUUCUGUUUUCCCACUCUACACCAUUGAAGAAACCACUCAACUUUCUAUUCAUCCUUUCUGCGAUCACUGUAAAUUAUCUGGAUGGGGUCAUCAUUAUGUGUCGAAACGAAGGUAUCAUUUGCUAAUACCGGCAAAUGAGAAUUGGGAAAAGCCAUUGGGAAGCGAUUCUUUUGAAAUUGAUACUCAUGUUUUGCAUGGUUUGAUUCAUUGCAAUGGUUAUGGUCAUUUGCUGUCCAUUAAUGGCGUUAAUGAGGAUUCAAUUUUUCUCUCUGGAAGUGAUUUCAUGGAUCUCUGGGAUCGUCUUUGUACAAUUUUAAAAACCAGGAAAAUUUCAUUGAAUGAUGUGUCGAAGAAGGGAGGUGUGCAUUUGAGGUUGCUUCAUGGUGUUGCAUAUGGACAAUCUUGGUUUGGGAAAUGGGGUUACAGAUUUUGCCGUGGAAGCUAUGGAGCGACAGAGAAGAAAUAUGAAAUUGCUAUUCAAUUUCUAAGCUCAUUGGGGCUUGACAAAAUUUUGAAUGAUUUCAGGAAAGAUUUUACAGAAAGACGGAAAAUAAAGCAGAUUAUUGGUACCUACAGGGAAUUGAGUGAAGUUCCAUUGAUCACAAUUAGCGAGUUAUUGCAAUUCAUGCUUGCUUUUAAGUCUAAAGCUCCGUUUCAUAGCAAGAUGAAGCUUGCAAAUGGUGAUGAUUAUUGGUGUGAUGCUGAUAUAGAAGAGAAAAAAAGACCAAUUAGUAUGGAGACAUUUGUUAAUAUGAUGGCUAACAGUGAUUGUAGAUGGCCUGUUAGACGGCUAGAGUUUGUGGUAAUAGUGAUUGUGAAUUUUCUGAAAGAAAAUCAAGCAAAUGUAGGCAGAAAUUGUAGGAUGACCAGACAGGACUUGAGAAAUGAGGCAAGAAAAUUCAUUGGUGACACUGGUUUGAUUGAUUUUGUGCUGAAAUCCAUCAGAUGUUUUGCAUUGGGAAGCCAAAUUGUUCGUCGAUCCAUCAACCCAACUACUAAGUUAUUAGAAUUCACUAUCCAUGAAUUUUCUAAGGAAGAAGAAUCAAUAAGUUUUCCAUUUUUGGAAAUGGAUUCUGAUUGCAGGUGGACUGAGAGAAAGGUGAAACAAGCUGCUGAGUUCAUCCUGAAAAUCUUGAGAGCACAUAAUGGGAAUGGUGCCAUGUCCAGACAGGAGCUACGUGACAGGGCUAGGACAACCAUCCGCGACACUGGCCUGAUUGAUUAUGUGCUGAAAUCCAUUAACAAAUCGAUAAUGGGAAACAAGAUCAUUUUUCGAUCAAAGAACCCCUCUACUAAAAGGAUUGAAUUUGCCUUUGAAGACAUUGUUGAUACAAACAGAGUUGAGAACAUUGAGUUACACGUGAAUAUAGAUCAAGAUCUUGUUUACUUAUAUGAAACAGUGCUUUUAAGUUACCCAGGGUCAGACUCAGUGAGUUUGGCUACUGGGGUUGUCUUAGACAGCAAGAAAUUUGUUAAAGAGUGGAAUCUUGAGGAUCAAGAACAUCAAAUAAUGGCAUUAACAUGUAAAGUCUUGCCGAGUUUCGACGAGUUAGAGAGUGAGUUGACUCGUCCAUUGUCACCUGGUGUGGUUGUGUUUGUUCCUCCUUGGAUUACAAUAGGUGAGCUUAAAGGAGUGAUACAAUAUGCACUAAGAGACACUUACUGCAUAAUGCAGAACUUUGUAGUAACACAAAUUGGUGGUUUGAAGGGAAUAGAGGAUGAUAGGAUGCUAUCAUGCGCAGUGGGCAGAGAUGCACAAGUUUGGGUGAGAGGUUGUGGGCUGGACUUGGAUACUGAACACAGGUAUGAAGGUGGGGCCAUAAAGUUAAAGGUAGAUUGUAUUUGUGGGGCCAGGGAUGAUGAUGGGGAGAGAAUGGUAAAUUGUGAUGCUUGCCAAGUGUGGUUCCACUCAAUGUGUACUGGCAUUGAUGAUCAUGAGGAGGAGGUGAUACCAGAAAUUUUCUUGUGUGAGAGCUGCAGAAAUUUUUAAUAUUAAGUAGUACAAUCUGAAUUUAUCAAAUUUAGUUGUAAGUAUAGAUUUAUCAAGAAUAUAAAUUGCUCUGCAUAUUCAUGAUU